AACAUCCAUUUAUAUGUGGAUUCAGGAUUUUUUAACUGAAUUUUCGAAAUGAAAUGGGACGUUUCACUAUUGUUAUUACGUUUCAUACAUUUCACAGUUCAUGAUGUUUAUGGCUGGAAUAAGCCAUCUUUUAUCAGUAACUGGCACCCUAUUGAAUCUCAGAAUUCAGAAAAUUCAAGUCUUACAAUGAUACAUUCCCUUGGUGAGCUUCCAGUUAAAGUGGAUAUUCAAAUCAAAGUUGUCAUAGAUGGUGUGGAUUACAUUUUUACUGGAAUCGGAUCGGCACAAAGAGAUAAUGAUGAUGCACAUGAUUAUGGAGGAGUUGUGUACAUCUACAAUGAUGUGGAAGUUAUUCUUUCGCUUCCAUUUGGAGGCGCUGACAGCGGAGGCGUAGCCUAUACAGGUUCACAUUUAGAGUAUAACGGACCGUCGUCUCCAGUACAGGGGAAACACAGCAAUGGUUUUGUCCGAGUUAAGGCCUGGAAGCAAGCAGAUUUUCCUAUACCACUCUUUGAAAAAGCUGUAAAAAUUUCAGAUAAUGAAACCGACAGCUUCAAAGAAAUAAAUCAUCAAAGUUCGGUUUUUCCUGAUCUCGUAACUGCACAAACACAUUUGGAUGGCGGUUAUUAUUCUGAUGGACAAGGAGUUAUAUUCCAAAUGACGACUCUUUCUACAUUCAAUUGUCUUGGUGGCUUGAUGUUUGGUUAUUCUGAAACAAAAGUGAGAUUGUGGGUACCUUUUCAAAAACCAUUAAACAAUAAUGAUUGUAACGGUGCAGUAUUCUUUCAGCAUGACGGAUGGGGGAGAAAUAGUUUAGUUAGUAACAAUGGAACAGUUGUUCUUAAAGGCUAUAAACUUGAUGAAAACUUGGCAUUUGAGACUACUGUGAGGGUUAAAGACAGAAUAAGCAGUCAGGACAUUGUAUAUCCCUCAUUAUACAACAUUGAUCAUGCAUUAGUUACCGUUCAGGUGAAACAUGAUGAGAAUGGUGGAAAUAAUCAGGGUAUGAUUUUUGAUGGAGCGGGAAGUGCUCUUUCAACAACUACAAAAUAUUCAGGAGUGAUAUAUGUCUAUACAAAUAGCAGUAUAUUAUUAUGGACACCAAGUAGCCACAAAGGAUACAUGAUAUCUAUUAAUAAUAGGUGGGGCAGUGGACAGAUGCCAUCAGCUGAAACUAGUGCAGAUGUAAUUGUAAGAGUAUAUGCAGUAGUAGAAUGUCCAGAUCCAUCUUCGUCGAAUUCCAACUAUACAAUAAGUAAUGGUUUAAGAGUUGGAUCAGUUGUAACAUACUACUGUGAUAGCGGUUACAUCUAUACAGCUGGGUAUCUUAGCCGUACAUGUCAGUCUAACAGACACUGGGAGGGCACUGAUCCAAUUUGUUCACAAAUGCAGUGUCUUCAUCCAGAUGGAAUUGCAAAUGGAACAUAUGUUUUUACCGGGAAAAGUAUUGGUGACACUGUCAAAUACACAUGUAAUGUUCAUUAUCAAUAUGAAGCUGGAGAUUUAGAGCGUACUUGUCAAUUAGGUGGAUAUUGGGAUGGAAUUCCACCUGUGUGCUCAGUGAUUAAAUGUGCGCAUCCAGGAGGUGUCUUCAAAGCAACUUACAGGGUAGCAGGCUUCGCUCCAGGCAAUACAGUCACGUAUACAUGUGUUGCUGGGUCAAUGCAGCAAGCAGGAGAUUCAACUAGAGUUUGUCAGUUAAAUGGAUCCUGGAAUGGCAUCCCGAUAGUUUGUUAUACAGCAGCAGCAGGACCAACAAACUUCAAUCGAGUUGUUUAUUCUCCACAAGAAUUAGCAGAAAGUAUUAAAAAGACGAAAAAAGAAUUGACUGUUGAUAAGAAAACAACAUCAUCGUAUACCAGAACACUAGUCUGUGCUACUGAUUCACGGCCGUCGUCAUUGUACAUUGGUACCGUAGGCAUAGUGCUGUUCAGUUCCAUGCUUGCUGCUGUGAUAUUACCAGAUAUAAUUAUCUUUAUACGUCACAUUUGGCACAUGUCAAAUAUUUAUAGACGUCAAUAG